AUGUCUGCUACAAACGGAACCCAUGGAGCCACCAAUGGUGCAAAGGAGAUGGUCGAUUACACCAAAGUCUCAGGUCCUCUUGGUAUUGAGAGCGCCAGCUUAAAGGGAAAAGUUGCCUUGGUCACUGGCUCAGGUCGUGGAAUCGGUCGUGAAAUGGCCUGUGAGCUCGGCCGUCGCGGCGCAAAAGUUAUCGUAAACUACGCCAACUCCGACACUGCCGCCCAAGAAGUCGUCUCCAUCAUCAAGCAAGCCGGUUCAGAAGCCAUCGCCCUCAAAGCAAACGUUUCCGUCGUCUCAGAUAUCAUUAAUCUCUUCGAGCAAGCCAAGAAUCAAUGGGGCAAACUCGAUAUCGUUUGCUCAAACUCGGGUGUUGUUACCUUCGGACAUAUUAAGGAUGUUACCGAGGAGGAAUAUGAUCGCGUCAUGAACAUUAAUACUCGAGGUCAAUUCUUUGUUGCGAGAGAGGCGUAUAAAAAUCUGGAAAUUGGUGGUCGUUUGAUCAUGAUGGGAUCGAUCACUGGACAGGCUAAGGGUGUGCCUGCUCAUACCGUGUACUCUGGUUCCAAGGGUGCCAUUGAGACUUUUGUUCGCUGCAUGGCUAUUGAUUUCGGCGACAAGAAAAUCACCGUAAACUGCAUCGCACCAGGUGGAAUCAGAACAGACAUGUACCACAAAGUCUGCCGCGAAUAUAUUCCCAACGGCGCCAAUUUGAGCGAUGAUGAAGUAGACGAGUAUGCGGCUACCUGGUCGCCGCUUCACAGAGUGGGUCUCCCGAUUGAUAUCGCGAGAGUCGUCUGUUUCCUGGCAAGUCAGGAUGGAGAGUGGGUUAAUGGAAAGGUUAUUGGGAUUGAUGGCGCGGCUAUGAUGUAA